GCACAUCCCGGCUCCCCCUCACAAACCCAGCGCAUUGGAGGCGUCCGCGGGCCUGUGACAGAGACCUGUCCGCCACAACUUCUAGCGGCCCCACCUUAACAAGCCCCUGCCGCGCCUGCGCUGUAACGUCUUCCCUUGUGACUCUGUCGUGCCCGCGCCUCGUUACGUCAUCACGUCGGCCAGCACUCGUCUCCGAUUUCGGCACUGUGCGCGCCCCCGGCCGAUGAGGACGCGCACGUAGCUGUCGUGGCCGAGCUUCAGCCGGGCGGUUCUUCUGCUGCCAGAAGCCGGAGUUCGAGUGAGGUAAUAACGGCCGCCGCCCGAGGGAGGGACGGAGACCCAGACAUCGGCCCGGAGAGCAGCCAGCUGCUUCCCGAAAGUCUUCAGAGCGGCGAGCAGCGGCCCAGCACGGCCAGGCGAGAGUGAUGGCAGCCAUUCGUAAGAAACUUGUGAUCGUCGGCGAUGGCGCCUGCGGAAAGACGUGUCUCCUGAUCGUCUUCAGUAAAGACCAGUUCCCGGAGGUCUACGUGCCCACCGUGUUCGAGAACUACGUGGCUGAUAUUGAAGUGGACGGGAAGCAGGUGGAGUUGGCCCUGUGGGACACGGCCGGACAGGAAGACUACGACAGGCUGCGGCCUCUGUCCUAUCCAGACACAGACGUUAUAUUAAUGUGCUUCUCCAUCGACAGCCCCGAUAGUUUAGAAAAUAUCCCAGAGAAAUGGACGCCUGAAGUGAAGCACUUCUGCCCCAACGUGCCCAUUAUCCUGGUCGGAAACAAGAAGGACCUGCGCAAUGACGAGCACACCCGCCGGGAGCUGACCAAGAUGAAGCAGGAGCCGGUGAAACCUGAAGAAGGACGUGAUAUGGCCAACCGGAUCUCCGCCUACGGCUACAUGGAGUGCUCGGCAAAGACGAAGGACGGCGUCCGGGAAGUGUUUGAGCUGGCCACACGGGCCGCCCUGCAAGCCAGACGUGGCAAGAAGAAAACGACGUGCCUUCUGAUCUAAGGGACCCCGCGCCCCUGCCCUGGACCCCCACGUGAUGUUUCUUAUCUCUCGAGUGUUCUUCCGGCCUCUGUCUUUUCCAUUUCUUCUGUAAUGAGAUUUUAUAAAGACGUCGUCUCGCUCCCAGUAUUUAAAGUCUCCUUUAUAUAUAACUCUAUGUAACGUCACUGUUAGCGGCAGACUAACGCUACAUUCCAUGUCACCAGGGCCAGAACGCCUCCCCCGCCGUCUGGACGCCCGCAGCGCCGCUGCUACAUUAGUGUCCUCACUUAGUUGCCCCCUGGAUACCGCCCCCUUCACAGGCGCUCACGCCGAUGGGCGGUGUAGCACUACAGAAGUUGUGUUCCCCUUUUGAAUUGCGGCAAAAUGCAGCCGAUGGAUAUCAAUUGCGUACUGUGGUUCACCUGCAAUAAAGGAGUUCCCCGGCAGCGAGAGGGUUAAUGUGCGAGGCUCAUCGUCUGGUCGGUUAUCAUUUUUUAUGUGGCAUUGGUAAACAAAAUAAAUUUCUGUAUUUUC